AUGGUUGGGAAACCGCGCGCGUCGACGGAGGCGCGGACGACGACGACGACGGCGGCGGAUGGGGGCGCCCCGGCGCGCGGGUACUGGCGAGGCGACGAGGAGCAGGCGCUGAAACGGGCGGUGCGGAAACACGGGAUCGGGGCGUGGGAGAAGAUGCGGAACGAUCCGGAGUUUAUUGCGUUGCGAUCGCGAACCGGGGUGCAGUUGAAGGAUAAGUGGCGGAAUUUGAUCAAGUUUCAACACUUGAGGAAGGAUGAGGCGGCGAAGGUGCCGUAUAAGGCGGCGGUGCGCGCGAGAGCGGGGAGUGGGAAAUCGGCGGGGUCCGGGGCGAACGUCGGCGGGAGCGCGGGGCGAGGCGGGAGCGCGAGUAAGUCGGGCGCGAAAUCGACCGCAAAGGGUGGCGUCGCCGGUAAAGGAGGCGCGCAAGCUGGAAAGAAAUCUAUCGGCGCCGGAGGCUCAAAGAAGACGACAAAGGUAUCGCGAGACGCGCUGAGUAAGAAGGGCGGGAACGCCGGCGGUGCCGCGUCGACGAUGAGCGCCAAAGAAAUGUUAAAGGCAAACUUUGGACGUGGACAUCGAGAUGAUGACGCUGAAGAUGACGAUGACGACGGCGACGUGAAAACGGACGUCGCUGUCAAGUACGACCCCGAGUUGGACGCAUCACUCGAUACGCUUAAAAAGAAACGCGCGGGUAUGGUGAACGAGGUGGAAAACGCCGAGCGAGAGCUCGCGCGGAUGAAAACGGUCGUCGAGGAGGCGGAGGCGGUGUACUCCUCGGCGCGCGCGCGCGUGCACGAAGUCCUCGUUGGCGAGCACGGGAAGGAUGACUACGAAGCUGAAGAGGGUGCCGGUCCCGAAGACGAGACGGAUUGGGAUAAGUACCUGCACUUUGGCGAGCAUGAGACGGACGACGAGGAGGAUGAAGAGGUGGCACGCGCCGCAGAGGCUGCCGCAGAGGCUCACGCGGCUGUCGUGCGGGCGACGUCGGCAAAGAAACCGAGCGAGAAGAGACCAAGGGUAACUGGAGACGAAGAUGAGCACGCGACGGAUCAAGACGACGACAGUGACCGUGAAGUUGAGGAUCCGGAUGAUAGCGACGAAGAGAUUGACGAGGAUGACGAAGACUUGGACGAGGAGGAACGCAUCGCGCGCAUGGCAAACGCGGUGCUCGCAGAGGCAGGAUUGCCACCGAUGCAUGAAAUUGAGCACGUUUUGCUCACAGAACUAAAGAAGUUAGAGGCGGCUAACGCCGCCGUAGUGCACGCGCGUCUCGCUCUUGAGGCCGUGGACGCUGAAUUUCAUGAGGCGGUGGUUAACGCACACAACGCCGCAGCUCGAGCUCAGCAAGCGGUUGCGUUCGACGCGGAUGAGGAAGCCUUCGGGAUCGAUGAGGAUGAUGAGCUCGACGACGAGCAACAGGACGCAAAGGAGAGUCGAUCAGCGCCAACCAAAUCCAAGGCGAAACAGAAAAUAAAGUCAGUCACACAAACAGAUGGUACCGACGCCAGUGGUGGCCGCGUUGUAGAAGAUCGUAGGUAUGGUAUUUACGACGCCCGACGGUAUCGCUCGGAGGCUGAAAACGAUGCCGAAGCCGCGGCCGCGGCGAAGAGCACUCGCGUGCCCUCGACGACGGGUAAGCGCAAGAACCCAACGAUGCCAACGCCCACCAAGGGGUCAAAGUCGGCCAAGAAAGAGAACGAUAUAUGGUACGAGCUGCCAAAACCCGCAGCAAUGAGUGCAACGGGACAUAAAGAGCAACAGCACACCAUCACUACACGAAAGGUCGGUUCAGACGGUCUCACGUGGCGCCGUAAGCGAACGGCGACUCGAGUCACCAUCGGUCGUCCCGUCGCGGGCCCGACUUCAUGGGCCGCGAUAGGGCAGCACAUCAUCAAAGAGUAA